AUGUACAGUGAUUCCUUCUCUCUUUUUGAAAUAUCCAAAACUGACAGUGUGAUUUCAAGUUAUAAUUACCAACGACAACAACAACUCCUUCUAGAUAACAACAACAACAAUCACAUUUUAGACUCCGUUGUCACGAAUGGUAGCAAUUUUCCUGUCAAUGUUUUCAAUUUAACUGUGCAACCCAUGUCUCCCUACGAUAUUACUUUCUUCUCUUUUGGUUUAUUGGUUUGUGUGGUGAAUAUUUUCUUUGCUUUCUCUGUAUUAUUGAAUCAUCGAUUUCGAGUUGUGAGAAGUAAACAACCGAAAAUGAUGGCAACAAGUGUCUUGUUUGGAACAAUUGCCUAUAUAUCGUAUGCCUAUACGAACAACAUGAUCACGAAUCAUCCAUAUUUGUGCGUUUUGGUGAAUAUUUGGCUGCUAUUGUUGUCUUUAUUGGGAUGGAUCUGCUGUAUCAUUGUGAGGUUACUCACGAUAUUCAUCUUAUUUAAUAUUAUGGCCAAGUACAAUAUCAAGCGAAAAAUUCCAACCUUUUUAUGGUUUCUCACUUUGAUGGUGCCAGUAGUGAUUUGUUGUAUUGUUUCAACUGUACUCGAUCACAAUAACUUUGCAGGCUCAGAUUCAUCUUGCAGAUUUAGUACAGGAGGAUUUGCAAUUUUGGUUGCACUCGCAGGAUUUUAUGUCAUUUUACUCUUAGUAAUUUCCAUUCUCACCAUUAAUAUUCGUAGAGCUUACAAAGAUACCAAAAUUGAAGUCAUCAUGCUUGUGCUGGUCAUAUUCAGCACCAUCUUUAUUGCAGUGUGCUAUUCGAUUCGACUGAAUCUAUUAAUUCCCAUUCGAAUUUUAAUUUCCUAUGUUCCUCUUUUUCUCUAUUCUCUGUAUUUUUAUUUGGUCAUGUACAAAGUGGUAUGGUAUACCAUACGAAGUUGGUUAGGGUGCACAAAUUUCAGAAGAGAUUGUUCCUAUUUUGAAGAUUGGGAUAUAAGAUUCUUCUUAGACUCUAAUAACACCAUUUUCAGUAACGAACAAGUGAGAAGAGUCAUGAAUUUAGAGACCUCCAAUAUGUUGAGUCAUCAAUUAAUUGGUCGAGAUGACGACUUGGCAAACGGUAUUGCAUCUGUUGGAAGUGCAGGUCUAGAUGACGAUAAUUUUUUAGGAAACUCUUCCACGAGCUUGUUCAAACGUUUUGGCUCUUCUUAUUACUUGCCUGAAUUGGGUCGCCAUAAUAGCGCUUCAGAUGCUGGAAUGCAAAACAACACUCCACUACAACAUCGAGCUCGUAAUCAAACAGCCUUCAGAAGUAUUUGGAAGGCUCUCGGAGAAGGAGUGGCAAAAACUUACGUUGAUGGAGAUGAGGUCAUCACUCAACAAGAUAUAUUAAGGCAAACAGUGGUGAAUAAUAUGAAUAUUAAUUUGGACGAUGAAUACUAUUCGCCACACAAGAGAAGUAAUACGACUACAGACGCUCAGAGUGGUCAUCAUCUUUCUAAGGAGAACAAGCGAUAUUGA